AGAUAUAAUACAAUAUAAAUAAAUACAAAAUGGGAACGGAAGGAUCCAGAGCUACUUGCAGAGACAAAACUAACAGAGGAUUGUAAUAUUAAAGAACGGAAAAGUAAUUUCGUUCCAUCGAGAUGGUUCAAAACGAAGAUGGGUUCGUGUACAAGGUUCGGAGCUGCAUAGGUGGACAGAUAGGAUGGUUACUGGGACACAGAGCUCCGCGUCUUUGUUAUUCGUCUUUACCUCCAAUAGCGGAGUCUACUGCAACCAGGUUGAUGUAUCUACUCCUGCUAGGGGUAGGAUCUACUGGGAUGGCGUUAAUGCUGACUCAACGGAUGCAGCAUGACUUACAAGCGGCUUUCAAAGAUUUCAACGCUACCUGUAUAGAUCUAGAUAUUGGAGACAACUGUAUGAAGCUAACAGGAUACAUGGCUCUGUAUAAGGUUUCAUUUGGAAUCUCAGUUUUCUUCUGCUUCCUUGCCUUCCUAAACAUUGGAGUAACCUCUAGUGUCGGGUUGAGGGCUGCUACUCACAACGGAUUCUGGGUUUGGAAGGUUCUUCUCCUCAUCCUACUCUGCGUUACAACCUUCGUGGUUCCAGUUCCUCAUCUAGAUAGUUUCCAUACAGGUUGGCUGUAUUGUGCUCUGGGAGGUGCUUGUAUAUUUCUUCUGGUUCAGGUAAUCAGGGAUAAACUUGGCCAGGUUUUUUUAAUCGUUUUGGAGUAA